GUGGCCUCCGGGGAAGCGUCUGGGACCCUCGCGGUCCGGCGGGAAAGGAAAGGUAAACCUCAUAACCGCGCUGUGAUGUCGGCGUAAUCCUCUGCAUUCGAAAUCACCCCCGAGGCUCAGGGGGUGCUGCGGUGUGCUCAGGUCCAAGCUGGCGGUGAGGCAGCUCGGAGGCCAGGGCAGGUGUCAUCUGCCUACUGUCACACCUGCCUACUGCCAGCGUCGCGGCCUUCCCAGCACUGAGCAGCGGUAGAUUUACAGAGCUUCAGAGCAGAGGCAGAAGAGCCCAGAAAGGAAGACAUCUUAGCUUUGCAUAUCAGAAGCGGGUCUUGAUCCUCCUGCCCAGAAUGAGCCAGUCUUGGCGGUGAUACCACCUCUAGAAGCCACCACAGACUGUGUUUGGCCCAGCUUUGAGAGGAGCAAGUGAGCUGGGUAGCUCCAGGGGGCAGGCUGCCCAGGAAAGGCCACUUCAUUGCAGAGCUUGUGAGGAUGCUGUGCUGCUCUGCACAUUUACCACCUGUGAUUUAAUCCUAACAUCACAGAAUCCCAGAAUGACGGUUCAUGAAGGAUUUUCCAGGGUUGUCUACUUCUUAUUCUUUUGAAAGCUUUAAAGGCAUUGGUUGUGAAAGGUUCAGUGACUUUUCAAGGACACUUGGUUUGUGACCGCCAGGGGGGAAACACAGUGAGUUCACUAUCACAGCUGAUCCUUCACAGUUCUCUACACUCUCCCAAGAGCCACAGAAAAUGAACACAUCUCAGGCGUCAGUGUCAUUCAAGGACGUCACUGUGGAGUUCACCCAGGAGGAGUGGCGGCACAUGGGCCCUGCCCAGAGGACACUGUACAGAGAUGUGAUGCUGGAGAACUACAGCCACCUCGUCUCACUGGUUCCCCAGAAAAAGAUACAGUGAGCACCGUCAGUGUGCUGCUUGCGAAGCUGUGCCUUCCACUCAGGAACAGCAGAACCUCUGCAGCUAACUCAAGUUCUGAACGAUCUCCCAUGUACAGGAAACUGCUUUGCAAAACCAGAACUGAUCUUCACACUGGAACAAGGAGGAGAUCCAUGGUUAUUAGAGAAAGAGAAAGAAUUUCUAAACACGAGCUCCUUUGAGGACUCUCAACCCAAUGAACUCUCAGAGAAGAGCCCAGAAAACAAAGGAAAACAUCUGUGGCAAGUUUUAUUCACCAACAAAUCAUUGAGUACACAGCAAGAAAUUUCAGGAAAACCAUGUAGUCUGGAUAUAAAUGUUUUUCCUGCAAGAAUGAUGGCCUGUAAAUGUGACGCUGCAGGGCCUGCUUACCUGGUCCUCAGCCCAUGGGCCCCACACUGUCAAUAUUCAAGAGAAAAUUGUGAGCUUAACUUAUACGAGAAGUGGUUCCUCAGUAUUGAGCAUGGCAGAACUAAUACUGGAGAGAAAUCUUUUGUUUUUAGUAAAAAUAUGAAAGUUCUUGGUCAUGAGAAAGUUAUUCAACAUCAGACAAUUCAGACUUUGGGGCAAGCUUUUGAACAUAAUGAAAAUGGAAAAGCUUUCCUUGAAAAGGCUGCCCUCAUUACAUCUAAGAGUACCCACCAAGAAGAGAAAUCUUAUAAAUUCAGUAAAUUUGGGGAAAACCAAUGUGAUACAUCAACAUUUGUCACCACUGAGAGCAUUCAUCCAGAGGAGAUGGGUCAAUGUGAGUUUAAUGAACAUGGAAAUAGUUUUAGUAGGACCACUCAAAAAACUGACACAGUAGGGAAAUAUUUCAGCCAAAAAUCACACAUUAGAGAACAUCAGAGAAUUUGCGUAGGUGUGAAACAAUUCGAAUGUGGAAAAGAUUUGAGUUGUAAUUCAGCCUUCCACAUACAUCAGAGAAUUCACACAACAGAUAAAUCCUCUGCUAAUAACACAUGUACAGAGACAUCCAGCUAUCAGUCAACUUUUAAUGCGCAUCAAAGAAUACACAUAAGGGUGAAACCCUAUGAAUGUAAUGCAUGUGGAAAAUCCUGUGCUAUGAACUCACACCUGACUCAACCUCAGAAAAGUCUCACAGGGGAGAAACCCUAUGAAUGUCGUGAAUGUGGGAAAGCUUUCAGUGAGAAGUCACGCCUAAGAAAACAUCAGAGAACUCACACAGGAGAGAAACCGUAUAAAUGUGAUGGAUGUGAGAAAGCUUUCAGCGCUAAGUCAGGUCUACGGAUACAUCAGAGAACUCACACAGGGGAGAAGCCCUUUGAAUGUAAUGAAUGUGGGAAAUGUUUCAACUAUAAGUCAAUCCUCAUAGUACAUCAGAGAACGCACACAGGUGAGAAACCUUUUGCAUGUAAUGAAUGUGGGAAAUCUUUCAGCCACAUGUCAGGCCUAAGGAAUCAUCGGAGAACUCACACAGGGGAAAGACCAUAUAAAUGUGAUGAAUGUGGGAAAGCUUUCAAACUGAAAUCAGGCCUAAGAAAACAUCAUAGAACACAUACAGGGGAGAAGCCCUACAAAUGUAAUCAGUGUGGAAAAGCUUUUGGUCAGAAAUCACAACUCAGAGGACAUCAUAGAAUUCACACAGGGGAGAAACCCUAUAAAUGUAAUCAUUGUGGGGAAGCUUUUAGUCAAAAGUCAAACCUCAGAGUACACUGCAGAACACAUACUGGGGAGAAACCCUAUAAAUGUGACGAGUGUGGAAAAACUUUCCGGCAGAAAUCAAAUCUCAGAGGGCAUCAGAGAACUCACACAGGGGAGAAACCCUAUGAAUGUAAUGAAUGUGGAAAAGCUUUCAGUGAGAAGUCAGUCCUAAGAAAGCAUCAGCGAACUCACACAGGGGAGAAACCUUAUCAUUGUAGUCAGUGUGGGGAAGCUUUCAGUCAGAAAUCAAACCUCAGAGUACAUCAGAGAACUCACACGGGGGAGAAACCUUAUAAAUGUGAUAAGUGUGGGAAAACUUUCAGCCAGAAAUCAAGCCUUAGAGAACAUCUGAAAACCCACACAGGGGAGUAAGUACAUGAACAUAAAGAAUAUGGGGAAACUCUGAAUCAGAAAUCAAACCUCAUGAUACAUAAUGCACAGGUGAGCACGCCUAUAAACACAGUGAAUAUCGGAAUUUCCUGUGCACAAUACCACCCUUCACCAAACAGCACAGAACUUACACAGGAGAGGAGUUCUUGAAGUAUACUUCAUCUGGGUCGUCUCUCAGCCAUUGUGCAGACAUUGUUGGAUAUCAGAGAAUUCACCCAGCAAAGAAACCCUAUUAAGAUAAUGAAUAUGGAAAAUACUCUGUGAACUCAAUCAGAAAACUCAUGCUACAGAAAAGCUCUGAGAAAGUAAUAAAGAUGUGGAAUUUUUGUGCGAGCAGUCAAAGCUCAUUCAUCAUCAGAGGAGUCACACAGUGAGAAAACCUAGAAUGUAAUAAAUGUGUGAAACCUUUAGCCAAAGGCCAGCUUUCUCAGUGCAGCAGAAAAUACACAGAGGAUGAAGACCUCAUAGUAUGCCAAAACACACAAGAAAUAAAGGUAUGAGUUUGAGAAAUCCUUUUACCAUAAGUCAACCCUCUCUUUGACUUAGAGAGGCAGUCCCUGUAUGUCACACAGUAGCUAUCGAAAUGUUCACUGAUAACCAUUUCCUUUUCUCCCUCGUGCCACACCUAGUCUAAAAUUCUCAAGCACCUUGUCAUCCAAAUGGGGUGAUAUCAUUAACCUCCAGCUAAUGGAAUGACAAGUCUCAUUAAAUACAUCCCUCAAAUUCUCAAUAUUUUCUCCCGUCCAUACCUCAUCAGAAUGGAACCAGGGUCAAAGAAUGACUCUGAAAUGCAGUUUUCUCCUCCAUGUACACAGUUGGACUUUUUGCAGCAAGGAAAUAAACUUGUUCUCUGCUGAGGUUCUACAGGUUUGGGUUCUUGAUACUGACAUAAACUCACUUAAUAAACCCUCACUUAAUAAAUAUGAACAUGAUUUCUGUGGACAUCUGAACUCUGUUUGAGAAAAGUCAUACAGGGGAUUAACCUGUGACAAUGCCCUGAAUGACCAUAGCUUUUAUCCACAGUUCUUCCUUCUCAGGUAAAUAUUGGGCAAAGAAAUCCAACAUUUCAACACAUACAGGAAAUCCCUUAUCAAAAAAUAUCUCAUUAAAGAUCUGAUAAUUGAGUUUUAAAUGAAUUGAAUGAAUCAUCUCAGUUUGAAUGAAUCAUCUAA